AUGGCCAAAGAUGAUAGGUCAAAGUUCUGGCCGAAAUACAAGAAAAUCUCGAAUGAAUGCGGUGAUAACUUCCUCGACCGAGCGCAUGGCGAUACAGUUGUUAUCCUGACUUAUGCUGGUCUACUCUUAACCGUCAUCGCUGCUUUUGUCAUCGGAAUACAACCCAACUCGGCAGACACCAUCAAUGCCCACUUGAUGCAGCUAAUAGACAUCACUGUUAACGGAUCCAGUGCCACACAUGAUAUCAGCAAUCUUUCCUCAUCUACGGAAGAUUCCUCUUCCACUGUCUGGGUACAAACUCUUGCCUAUAUCAGCCUAGCGCUUAGCAUCGUGGGUGCGCUUGGGGCUGUCUUGGGAAAGCGAUAU